CAAAUCGUUAAUUUUCUUGAGAAUCCGUGUUCUAACUCUAGUAAACGAUCGGAAAGCGGCAAGUAAAAACCUGGAAUUACACCAAGUUAGGAUCCUGGGCAUAGCAUAAAUCCGUUAAUGCAAAGACCGCUGAACUCAACUGUCCUUGGGAAUGUAAUCGAGAGUAGACUACUUGUCGAAAUGACGUGCACCCUGCCUUGUUGAUGAAAUCUUCUGCUUGCUACCCUCACUAAGUUUGUGAGAGGCUGCCAAGAGCUCUGUCGUUUUAGGUUGAGCCUUAAACAAUCUAGAGCUUUGUUCACCUGCCAAACUGCCUCAGAAAGAUCGACUAUUAAUUCUUGCAUCGAUUUCAAGAACGCUCAUAUCAGCUUGUUUGAGAAAGAAAUGUACUUCCAUGUGUGAGACUUUUCGAAAGUAUUCAUCAGUUUCAGCUGUGUUCAGUAUUUUGGCUGAUUUUAGGUUACUGUUUGUUGUCCAUUUUAAAAGACCUAGUUUUCAUCUCGAAAAAGUUGCCCAUUUUUUAUUGUGGGCAUCCCGGGACUGAAAUCGCCGAGGGAACCUCAGUUGGCACCCUAUCAAACUUGGAAGCCAUUUUGUUUAUUGCAAGAUUGCAGCGGAUUUCAAUAUCAAGAAUCCCACAAUUUUGUCAUUUGUUUGGAUUUACUGAUAUUCUUUUAUUUGUCUGUUAGGAGAAAUAACCAAGGAACGGCAAAGCUGAUUUCAUCUGACUUAAUAUUGUGUACUUGUGUCAAGGUGUUGAAGCGAGUAAGAAACUUCCUGGCGAAGAGCAAUUUUGUUAGCAUUUCUGCAGCUACAGAAUUUAUCUUGACAUUUGAACUUCCCUAAAGUUAGAGGCCCUGAAUUUGUAAAGAGGAACACUUGAUAAUUCGCUCAUUCCUGCCACCUUUGGUUUGGAUCACGUCUUAAUAUUAAAGAAACCGGAAAGAUUUCGAUCUAAACUCAGCUUGUGCAUUUCACAAGCGUGUUUAGACAACGUAAACAAGAGAGACUUCAGACUUUGUUAGGCAACGCUAGGAAUCAAUCUAUUAACCCUUGCCCGAGGGGAAUACAAAUGGAAAGACUUAAAGACAUUAAGGCAUGGAUUGGAAUUAUGAGAGUACCUAAGACCUACCGCUGAGAACAACAUGGCUAACAACAUUGAUAAAAUGUCUGCAACGCACUUCAUCAAAUGCCUGCAAAAGCCCCCUGAAUUUAGAACGAAUGAGGAUGUCGAGACCAUAUUCCAUCAUCUGUGCAGCAUGCAGGCAAUGGCUGGAUAUCUUGAGUCUUCCAUCAGGGCGAUGUCUCAAACGGCUAGAUAUGAAGAGUAUGCCUCAAACUUUCUACUUUAUACUGCUAAUGACUACUCCUCUUGCUGGUAUAUUUUGCUGAGUGGUUGUGUUUUCCUGGAGGGAUGCAUGUUUUUACCAGGAAGCAGUUUUGGCAAGCGUCCACAUGGUCAUGAUGGCACACGGGGUACGGAUUGCCUUGUGCUUGAGAACUCUGGAAUGAUAGUGAUUGAUUACCCUCAUGAAAACCUCCUUCAACCCUUUCAACGGCACUCAUAUUCCACCACAGAACUUGAAAAAUUGCUUGCUUUGGAGGAAGAAGAUUAUCAUAUUGGAGGACCAGUUCCUGAAGAUGAGAAGCUUCCAAUGGAGCUUCAGAGUGUAAAGAAGCUCUUGCUUCAGGGAGAGAGAAAUCUGAAUGCCAGACAGAAGCACUAUGAAGCAAAACACCCUCCCCACCCUGUUGACAGUGACUCGAAGCAUGGGCACCCCCCUGACCACCAACAUGAGCUGGAUUUAACAGGACUUGUAGAGAGCAUAGUUGAUUCUGAUGAUGAAGAGGAAGCUGAAUCUCAUUCGUCAGGAGACUCUUUCUUGGUGCGGGAUGUUGUCAGAGACUGCCUUGAGAAGGAACCUUCAGAGAGAACAGAAAACGAUAUUCAAACACUCCUUGACUUCAUGCAGCAUUUGCCUGCAUUUGCCAACAUGACCCAGAAUGUCCGGCGUUCUUUGUGUGCAGUCAUGGUGUUUGCUGUCGUAGAGAAAGCUGAUGCUAUUGUAAUGAAGGAUGGUGAAGAGCUGGACUCUUGGUGUGUGAUUCUGAAUGGUUCUGUCAUCAUUGAAGUAGAGAACGAACCACCUGUUGAACUCCAUCUUGGAGACAGCUUUGGAGUAGAACCCAGUCUCAAGAAGAUGUACCACCAUGGUGUGAUGAGGACGCGUGUAAAUGACUGCCAGUUUGUUUGCAUAGCACAGUCCGAUUACUACCGGAUCCUAACCCAGGGGGAGUCAAACAUCCAGGUCAUUGAAGAAGACGGUGAGGUUGUGAUGGUGACAGAGCAUCGUAGCACUGAUGGGGGAAACAGACAAGGCCAAGUGGUUAUCAAGGCCAAGUCUGGAAAGCUGAUCACCCAUUUGGUAGAGGACCAUUCUGUCAUUGACCCAACCUUUGUUGAGGACUUCUUGCUCACCUUCAAGACUUUCUUUGACCAACCGACCAAGAUCUGUGGGAAGCUGCUGAACUGGUUUCUUGAGGACGAUCUUCGUGACAAGGUAACCCGUGUCAUGUUACUAUGGGUAAACAAUCAUUACAACGACUUUGAGGGCGACCAUGUAAUGGAGGACUACUUACAAGCAUUCGAGAGUGCACUGGAAGUGCAGAAAAUGAGUGGCCAGUUGGAUCUUCUUCUCAUGGCCUGCUCGGUGAAGGCCAAAUCCCGAGUCAUCAGUCUGGAGCGCCAAUCACAUGACCAGCCGUGGGGGUUUUCCAUUGCCGGUGGACGCGAGAACGGCUUUGGGAUAUUCGUGUACAAGAUUGACCCAGAAUGUUCAGCAUUCACGGCGGGUGUUAGAAAGGCCGACCAGGUUCUGAAAGUGAACGACAUCAGUUUCGAGAAUAUCACCUAUGACAAGGCCCGAGAUCUUCUUUCCUCAAGCAUACGACUCACUCUCGUGCUCAAGAAAAAUAUCGCAGGAUUCAAGGACCUCCUGGCUUCUCCUGUCAUUAUCACCAGAGACUGCAGCAAAGAAAUUUCCAAUGAUAAGGAUGUACAACGGAGCUCAUCCGACUGCAGCGAGCGACGAUCUCACUUGCAAACGAGGCUGUCUGCACCUGACAUCAGUAACGGAACUAUGAAGAAACCCCCGGUUCCACAUCAAGCCCACACCAAAAGAGAGAAAGUCAAGAAAGCGUUGAACAGGAUCUCAACCCUUGGAACCCUCUCCAGACAUUACAAGUUGAUCUCGAAGAGUGAUCGCGAUCUGUCGAGCUUGGAUUCGGGAUAUAACGAAGGCGACGAGACCCACACGAACGCCAAACUCGGCAUCAAGUCGCGGUCUCGGAACAGCCUUCCUCGCUCGUUCGGUUCUAUGGAGAGUAUAAGCACUAUUGAUCAGAAUGUCGAGUACCCGGAUAGAGUGGUCAAGCUGUAUAAAGCAGACCAGACGUACAAGUACUUCAUGAUAUUCAAGGAAACCACAGCUCGAGAGCUGGUGAAUAUGGCGGUUGAUGCAUUUGGUCUUCAAGAUCUCGCAAGUAAUUACUCGCUGUGCGAAGUGACGGUGGAAGAGAGUGGACUUGUUCGGCAACGAAGGCAGCCCGACUCACUAGCCAACCUUGCAGACAGAAUCAGCCUCAAUUCCAGAUAUUACUUGAAGAAUAACAACGAGACUGCGCAGUUACUCCAGGGAGACGCCACACAUGACCUGGGCAAAGAAUGCCACGUGACGUUACUACAGCUCAAGACCCAGGAGGUCGCUAGACACCUUACGUUACAGGACUUUGAGUUGUUUCGCGUCAUCGACCCUCGCGAGUAUAUUUACGACGUGUGGGAAUUCGGCCCCGAGUUUUCGCCAAACCUCGCCAAGUUUGAGGAGACGGUAAACCGGGAGACUUUUUGGGUCGUGACAGAGAUUUGUGGCGAGUCCAACGUCGUCAAACGAAUGAAGCUCAUCAAACAUUUCAUCAAAAUCGCAAAGUAUUGCAAAGAUUGCAAGAAUAUUAAUUCGGCAUUCGCGAUAAUAAGCGGUCUUGGUCACACUGCCGUCAAGCGACUAAAGAAUACAUGGGAGAAGCUUCCUAAUCGUUACUACAAGAUGUAUGAGGACCUUGAGAACUUGAUGGAUCCGUCUCGGAGCAUGUUCAAGUACAGAAGUUUGCUGAACAGUGAGCACGUCAACCCGCCUCUGAUUCCUUUUUUCCCAGUCAUCAAAAGAGACCUGACACUAAUUUACCUCAACAACAAGAGCGUAGUCGACGGACUGAUCAAUUUUGAGAAGCUCCGCAUGAUAGCGAGAGAGGUGCGCCAGGUCUCCAAGUGCCACAGUAUGCCCUAUGAUCCCAGCAAUAUGUUUGAGCAGGACAGCGUGCGAGGCGCCCCGCAAAGUAUGACGUCAACUGUUGUUGGUAUGGUAACUGGGUCCUCUGCAUGGGCACGUCGGUCUAUGACACGUGACCAGAAUCCCAAGAAAUAUUACGAAGAGUGUAUCAUGAGCCGCCGGGUGUUGAAGUACUUGGAGAAACUGGAAGUCCAGGCGGACGAAGAAAAACUCCGUGAAAUGUCAAACACCUGUGAACCGGGGCUGGGAUCAGCACCUCCAAGUGUUCAGACGAGAAGGAAAAACUCGCCACAUACGUCACCGAACCUUACGAAGAAGGAUAAGAAACACACGAAUAACAACAAGCUAGGCUCUCCAUCCCCACUCGCCCUGAGGAGAGGAAUGUUUAACUCAGCCGAUCAAAUCUCCAUUUCUUCAACAAGCACAACGUCUUCUGUACCGGAAGUGACGUCACCAAAACCUGGUCCUGAGCAUGGCGAGGAGUUCGACGUAUUUCCAGAGUCCGAUUCGUCAUCUUUACGGGAUGAAAGGUCAUCGUUGUGUGACGACACUUUGUCGGCCUCUUUGCGUGACGACCGAUCGUCGACGUCGUUGCGUGACGACAAAUCAUACACGUCAUUGCCGGAUGACAAAUCAUCCACGUCAUUGCGUGACGACAGACCGUCCACUUUAUUGCGUGACGACAGAUUAUCCACGUCAUUGCGUGACGACAGAUCAUCCACGUUAUUGCGUGACGACAGAUUAUCCACCUCAUCGCGUGACGACCGAUCAUCCACGUCAUUGCGUGACGACAGACCGUCCACGUCAUUGAAUGGCGACAGAUCAUCCAUGUCAUCACGUGACGACCGAUCAUCCACGUCAUUGCGUGACGACAGACUACCCCGUAACGAUCGACACUCCUCAUCCUCCUCGCGAGACAACAGGUCAGCCACAUCCAUGCGUGACGAUAGAUCCUCGUCAUCUUCGUUACGUGACGAAAGAAGAUGCUUACGUGAUGAAAGAUUGUCCAAUUCGCCGAACGACGAAAGAAGGGAGUCACGUGAUGACCGCACGGCGUUGCGUGACGACCGGUUCCUUCCUGUUGUAGCGGGACAGGUAGCCCGACCGCCUCCAGACGGCAGAGGCUAUAGCCAGCAGUGCGAUCGGGCUCCGCCACGACGACCCAACGACGUCCAGACAGUUUACCCUCCCCUGCGAGUCGUGUACAAUGCUACUCAAGAAGUCCAGUUGACCACAGGGUCGUACCAUCACGGCCACUACACCUCCUUUCAGUAUCCACCAAAGUACACCGUUGAAUACGUCCAAGAAUACGAUGAUUCAGAAGAAGGGCAAGUAUCGGCUGUUUGACAUCAAACAGAGUUUCUUUGCAGUUGGAUGAUUCAACCGCUCCAUCCCCUCAAAUUCGGCUUCGUUUGAGCUGACCCAAACAGACUUCAAUCAAGCGGUUUUUCUCAAGACACACAAACCACUGAAGGCUGCAAAUAUAGUUAUAUUUUGUACUUGUGCCAGUCUAACCGUCAUUCUAUAGUUAUUUCCGCAUUUAUCAAUCCACCCUAGCAUUCCAUCCCUGUAGUUGUCCACGUAACAAUUGUUUGUCCUGGGUACCAUUUUUUAUUUUAGAUACAUUCUACUCUCCUAGUACCUCUAUGCAAGCAUUGUACACGAAAAGCCUCAAAGUUUUCCGAUUCACUUGAUGUAUAAUAGCCAUGCGUUAAAUAGGCCAAGAAAUAGGCCAAGAAAUUGAUUUUGUAAUAGAUAGAAUAAGCAAUGAUGAACGAAUUAAUAGAUAUACUAUAUUUGAUACGUUAAAGGUAUUCUAUAUGCCUUGGGUGUAAAUAUAUACAUAAGCUAUAUUCAUGUGCAAUAACUUCCGUGAACAAACUAUUAAAUGGAAGAUUUUUUA